AUGCACUGUGGGUGCUGGGCAGAAGGUGUCCCUGCCGCCGUGACCACAAACAGCUCCUGGAUCUCAGGCUUGGCCUUCCCGGACUGGGCCUACAAGGCGGAGUCGUCCCCGGGCUCCCGGCAGAUUCAGCUGUGGCACUUCAUCCUGGAGUUGCUGCAGAAGGAAGAGUUCCGCCAUGUCAUCGCCUGGCAGCAGGGAGAGUAUGGGGAGUUCGUCAUCAAGGACCCAGACGAGGUGGCCCGCCUCUGGGGCCGCAGGAAGUGCAAACCACAGAUGAAUUAUGACAAGCUGAGCCGGGCCCUCAGAUACUACUACAACAAGAGGAUCCUGCACAAGACCAAAGGCAAAAGGUUCACAUAUAAGUUCAACUUCAGCAAACUCAUCGUGGUCAACUAUCCUCUGUGGGAAGUGCGGGCACCGCCAGCACCCCACUUGCUCCUGGCAGCUCCCGCCCUAUUCCGGCCAGCCCUGGUGCCCAUGGGCACACAGAGUGAGCUCCUUCACAGCAUGCUGUUCACUCAGUUGUCUGCACCACGCAACCCCCAAGAUCCACUGUUGGCCUCCGGGGAAAAGAAGGAAAGAAGCAGUGGUGUCCACCGACUUGGCACUGCCCUGGGACCCUGCCGGCUUGGCCCCUGCUGCCAAUUGGAGCAUCCUCAAAAUCAGCUGCCCAGCUUUCCCCCUCUCACACCUCCCUUCCCAGCUCCACUUCCCUCUCACUGGACCUGCCUCCCUAGGCCUUUUCUGCCCUCUCUUCCCCAAGACCAGCAGUCCCUGGGAACCUCCAAACUGCACUCUCUACUCCCUGAACCCAGAUGUCCCCCAGCAGCCUGGCAUCUUCAGGGGCUUUCUCUGAGGGCCGGACUGGGGCAAGGGACUAGGGAGAAGCUCCAGCCUUUGUCCCUCAGGUCUGAUGGCCUACAGGUCAAGCCUGACCCCAUGGUGGAGAUUCAGGGCCACUUGGAUCCUGGGGCUGAUUUCUCUGAGACCCAAAGACACAUGAGGAGGGAGGAGAGCCCUGUACCCCUCAGGCUGGAGAACUUGAAAGCAAUGUGGUCAUUGGAUCCUCCCUAA